GAUUAGAGUUUAGUCAGGGUUGCCUUUGCCAGCAGCUAACGUCCACAAGACGCCGUCUCAAGCAGUGUAACCGCAGUCCUGCACACAGCUGUCCGUGCAUUGUUGAAGUUUUAAGGGCACUCGAUAUUGAGUUAUUACGUUGCCGGGUCUAUCCUUACUUUUGCUUAAUUUUAGACUAUAUCAUGUCGCAUGGAGUCCGCGUUUAAAAGCUCAGGAACGUGUUUUUCAGACAAAACAUCGUCUAGCUAAUGCAGACGCAUCCAGCCACGGACUGCACGGUGUGGACGGGAGAGCGGAGAAGCUCGGGGCUGCUGGCCGCUCAACAGACGGGACGCAUAUUGGCAUUGAUUCCAAAAAAUGGGCCUCAUUUUCGCCAAACUGUGGAGCUUCUUUUGUAACCAAGAGCACAAAGUAAUCAUUGUGGGACUAGACAAUGCAGGGAAAACCACUAUCCUCUACCAAUUUCUGAUGAAUGAGGUGGUCCAUACUUCACCCACAAUUGGAAGCAACGUGGAAGAAAUCGUGGUGAAGAACACCCACUUCUUGAUGUGGGACAUAGGGGGACAAGAGUCUCUCAGGUCCUCCUGGAACACCUACUACUCAAACACAGAGUUCAUCAUACUGGUGGUGGACAGCACAGACAGAGAGAGACUGGUCAUCUCUAAAGAGGAGCUCUACAGGAUGCUGGCCCAUGAGGACCUGCGGAAAGCAGCUGUGUUGAUAUUUGCCAAUAAGCAGGAUAUGAAGGACUGCAUGUCUGCAGCAGAAAUCUCCAAAUACCUCACCCUGAGCUCCAUCAAAGACCACCCCUGGCAUAUACAGUCAUGCUGUGCACUUACAGGAGAAGGUUUAUGCCAAGGUCUUGAGUGGAUGACGUCCAGAGCUGGACUCAGAUAGCCCCUUCCUCUGCCAUCUGUGGCCUGACUACCUGCACCACCACAAAGGCGGCACAACAUCUUAUCUGUACAAGGUUUUGUUUGUUUUUUUUUUUUUUUUUUUUUUUUUUAAUUAAAAACUCCCAACAACCGGAUGACAGCAUUGACACUGACCUCCACGAAACAGUUGUUCCAGUGGAGCUGAUGCUUCUCCUGACCAGACGAAACAUGGGGACGGCUAGUUAUGAAACAAGCAGUAGCUUUUACUGCAGAGGAGUAUUAUUUCAGACUUCUUACAUCUCACUUCUUACACUACAUACAUAUCAUGUUACAUCAAUCUAUAUCAUAGCGGAGUACGUGAAGACCAAUAUAUGGUGCAAUUUUCACCUCUGUGUGAGUUUGUCCAUGUUUAGGACAAAGAAGGGUGCCGUACUGUUAGAGCAGCUUUCAUGGAAGCAGAUGGUACCAAGUUGUUCUAGUGCACUUUUUUUUUUUUUGUUUGUUUUUCUGGUCUUGUUCUCAGCACCGCUGUUGGUGUACGUUACAGAUUAUUUCAGUUUCAUAAGCUACAUAUGUAUUCCACACACCUCAGAACUUACUGGUGCCAUGUUGAAAUGUGGUUUAAAAAAACAAAUCAGCCUGAAUCUGUAUGUUGUCCAUCCAAGCAAGUGUCAAUCCAGACAGUUGGAAUCUUUUAAUUUUCCUUCUUGUGACUUUGGAGGGUUAAUUUAAAUUUUUUCCAAUGUAAUUUCAAA